UGGUCGGUGGACGAGUGGUCAGUGGUCAGUGGACGCGAUCUCGCGCGCCUGCGGCGCGCGAGAUCGCGGUGACCGGCAAAGAUCCCAUCAUCCCGGAAACUGCACUGGAAGACCAGGAUCUAGAUGGAGUUGAUGACGCUUUGGAUAUACUAGAUAUUGACGUGGAUGUUGAUGAGCAAAAUGAUCCUGGUUCUCACGACGAGCCAGACACUCAUGAUCUUGAGGUACAGGCGAGCGAGCUGCACCUAGUCGAAUCCCAAGCCGGUUUUCCCACCUAUCACCUCCAACUGAGCGAGCUGGAGAAGAUCGACGGUCAUAUUGAGCAGCUCGAGUGCGACAUUUACAGGACUGAACCGGAAGUCCAGCAAGAUGCUCCAUCCGAAUCGCCAAACGACACAACGAAUGAGACUAAGACGGUGGCUCUGAAACGCCCAGUUAUCCCGGAAGGCUUUCCUGAGAGUCCGGCGACCCUCGCGGAAUCUCACACGAGAUCAGUCAGCUCCAGUGCAGCCAUUGAGGAUGAGAUUCUUCGAGAUAUUGCUGCUGGGACGUACCGUGACGUAGGCAAAAAGCGUCGUUUGACCCGGGCAUCCUCGUGUGUCCCGCCUGAUUUCAAUCCAGUGAUGGAGGGACACUGGAGGCGCAUUCUCUCCGAUAAGUCCUCUGCAUAUUCUGGAACGAAGCUCGUAGCUGAAUGUCUGGAUGCUUAUCAAGCUUACCGUGUAUUUGAACUCAACAAAUGUGAACCUUACACGCCCGUCCCACCGUUGUUCAACGUCUCUCGUGGACUCGCUGAUGUGUGGGUGAGAGCGCAACUUAAGAUCCUUGAGGCCCCGAACAUUGCAGGCAAUGGUGGAGCUGGCGCAGACUCUGGGAAACCAUUCUUCUUCGGUUGCAUCCAAAUGGACGGGCUCGGUCGCCGGCGCAACAGUGCCGUUGGGCCUGAAGGUGCUCUCGGAAGGUCCAGCCGAAGUCACUGCAGCAGACCGCAUGCUAGAGCGAAUGACCAAAGAGGGGAUUGA